ACACCAUCCUAUUUCGAGGUGCAGAGUUGAAUAGGACGCUGCAGGAACUGCUCUCUCUACACACAGUUAAGACAGGGACGGAGGACAUCAUCGAACCAUGGCUGCUGCUGAGGACCAGAGUGAGGCGCCAGCGGCACAGACCGACUCUGGUGGUGAUGAGAAGUGGACAAUGAAGCAGACUUUGCCGGCUGUCAUUGAGAUUCAUGACUCUGUGACUGAAUAUGAGGAGGAGGACGAGGAGGAGGUGGAGAAGGAGAUGGAGAGGAAGGAGGAGGAGGCAGGGUCUGGUGCAGGCCAGCCAGAGGAAAAAGCCUUUGUGUUAAGUCUUCACUUAUUUAUGAAGGAAAAAGGUUCACCCAUCGAGAGGAUCCCUCACCUGGGCUUUAAACAGAUUAAUCUCUGGAGGAUUUACAAAGCAGUUGAGAAGCGUGGAGGUUACGACUUAGUGACAGCACAGCGUCUGUGGAAGAAAGUGUAUGAUGAGCUGGGAGGAAGUCCAGGAAGCACCAGCGCUGCUACGUGCACUCGUCGUCACUAUGAGAGGCUUGUUCUGCCCUUUGAGAGACACAUGAAAGGAGAGGAAGACAAACCUCUGCCUCCGAGCAAACCACGAAAACCUUACAAGAGAAACCCAGAAAACAAGGUCAAAAAGUGUGAGAUCAAGAGGAAGAGGUGUCAGGUGGAGGAAGACAUGGACUCUCACAUACUGGCUCAAAGGAAUCCAGGUCCUGCAGGUCACGGUGAAGCAGUGAUGCAUCUUCACUCUGGUCUCUGGACUGCUACCCCUGACAGACAGUACCCAACAUGCUCACAGCCAAACAGGGAUAUUUGCUCUUCUGUCUAUGCCAUUCUUCCAGUCCACAGUUCUCCACAACCUGCCCCCCUUCCUGCAGCUCCUCCUGCAGCUCCUCCUGCUGCAGCAGCAGAGGUCAUCUCUCCUCUGGAGAAAAAAAAGCGAAUAGCCCAGGCCAGCCUCAACCGGCCCACAAGUCCACAGGGUGAGGACAUAGAACGGCCGUCGGUCAUCUGCUGCUCACAGUCUCCAGCUCGGGUGUUUUCCAGACACAACUGCAGCUCGUCUGAAGGCUCCCCACAACCUUUAUCAUCCUCUUCCUCCUCACGCAGCCCUUCACCUCUCUCAGUUUCAUCAGAGGACAACCCACAAGGAGGUGAAGACAAACCAGCAUUAAACUCGGAAAUAAUCAAGAAACAAUUGAGGCGUGUAGAAAAAAAGUCCAACUGCAGUGAGAUUAAUCAGUCUCUGAGCUGCCCUCAGGUACCAAUAAGCUCUGCGGGGCCAAAUAAAGACAUUGCCCUGGGCAACUGUCAAUCAUUGCCCCCUCAUUUAUCCAAAUGCCGAGAUAAAGACUCAGGCUGGGAGCCGAUCCACAGAGUUAGCAGUAAAUAUCCACAUUAUUCGUUGCAGCCAACGCCUUCUUCGAGUUUCUACAAAGUUAUUCCAAGGUCUGUGCAGCCUCUACGACCCGCUCCCAUUCGGCCAACUUAUCAGGAUGAACCUACCACCCGGAAGCUAACCAAUAUUGACCCGUGGUUUCAUCAGACGGAAAAGAGGGAAAAGUGCCGGACAGGGUCACAAAAAUUUCCCCAUCAGCAGGGUAUGGUCCACUCUGCUGCCCAGCUGCCCGUAUUCUGUGUCCUGUCAGGCUACGAUAAAUCAGUGAGAGACUCUCGGCCCCAGCCUCCUCUGCACUCUCUGUUUCUGCCCAACAGAAUGAGACUGCCACAGUCUCAGCUGAUGUACCAUCACCGGGUACCGGUGGGUCCAGCUCCUCCUGCUAUUUAUCCGUAUCCCUACUCCGUUCCCCUAAUAGGUCCACAUCCUGGAUACACUCUACCUGCCAUCAACCCUGCGUAUACCCAGAAGCUAUGAUUUUUAAUGUCGUCAUUGUUAAAAUUAUUGUUGAUUGAUACACUGGAAUAUUACCUCCAUACUGUAAAUUUCUAUUUCGAGAUCCGAGCAUGCGCCGACACUAGGUGGCUGAGCACUCAGAGCAGCCCACGCCACCUCAUUCAUUCACUUUACGUGUUUGGUGACUUCUGUAAGCAUCGCUUCCGUACGUAAUGUUAUAUGCGUGAUUUUCUCUCUAUUUUGUGCAUUAUUCUUCGUAAUAGUAAUGAGUUCUAAGAGAGUGAGUGGUAAGGAUGAUAGAUAGAAGAAGAAACACAUGAUGACCAUGGAAAUAAAGCAUGAACUUGUCUAUAAAUAUGAGCGUGAUGCCCACUAAAGAAAGAAAAAAGCAAAAAAUAAAUAAAUAAUAGAAAAGUAAAACAAAAGUAAGCUAUAUAAGUUAAGUUAAUUCUAAGGUUAUGUGAGUUACAUAGUGUUCGUGUAAGGUACGGAAUUAAACUGUAAACUUAAUUAAAUUUACUGAUGUACUGUAUUUAUAUAUAUAUAUUGAUAUAUAUUGAUAUAUAUAUAUUGAUAUAUAAACAUAUAUAUAUAUACAAAAUAUGUUUUUGCCCAUGAGAGAAGGAAAUAUUUUCAAAUGAAAAAAUAAAUAAAUAAGAAAAGCUUAUGGGUGUACAUUAGGUUUGUUUGCUGCCUUUAUGUAUGUAUAACUGCAUGUAUUAAGGUCAUAUUUAUGAAAAAAACAAAAAAAAAGCCACAUACGCUUUCCGGCCCACACACAUGACCCUACUCUUGUGUAUUGGUUUUUAACAUACAUAUCGUCAUGUUUACAGAAGCAAUAAAAUCCUCUUUUUUAAACAUGCAGUUUAAUUUAGGAAAAUAUUUUGUACUUCAGACUUUUGCUUGCACUAAUUCUCCUGUACUGUAUGUCAUUGUACUGUAUGUAAAAAUCUGUUGAAAAAGAUACUUCCAUUGUAAAGUUACAUAUUUAAAUGUAAAGUUCUGAAAUUGUCAUUAAUGAAUUAAAACACUUAUAUGUU